AUGGAGGGCUCCAGCCCCUCUCCGGCGAGUGUGCACCGCGCUCCGCCCACCGAUGGCGCCUCCGCGGGUAGAACCACGCGCUGGAGUCGCCUCCUGGGGCUCGCGCGAGCAGGCCUCGAGGACGUGCUGAGGCAGGGCAUCGCCGUCUCCCGGCGCGCGCAGCGCAGCGCGACCAUCGCCGCGGCCGCGAAGGACGAGUUCGACUACGACCUCCUCAUCAUCGGCUGCGGCGUCGGCGGCCACGGCGCCGCGCUCGCCGCCGUCGAGCAGGGCCUCAAGUGCGCCGUCGUCGAGGGCCACGACAUCGGCGGCACGUGCGUCAACCGAGGCUGCGUGCCCUCCAAGGCCCUCCUCGCCGCCGCGGGCCGCAUCCGCGAGCUCAAGGACACCGCGCACAUGAAGCAGCUCGGCAUCCACCUCCCCGGCGAGGUCACCUACGACCGCCAGGCCGUCGCGGACCACGCCAGCGGCCUCGCGAACAAGAUUCAGGGUUCGCUGGCCAACUCGCUCAAGGGGCUCGGCGUAGACAUCCUGCAGGGGGCUGCGCGGCUGGUCGGCCCGAACACGGUGUCGUACGCGCUGCCCGGCCGCGUGGACGUCGGCGGGACCGUCACGGCGAAGGACAUCAUCAUCGCCACGGGGAGCGUGCCGUUCGUGCCCCCCGGGAUCCCGAUCGACGGGAAGACGGUCUUCACGUCGGACCACGCGCUCAAGCUCGACUGGGUGCCCGAGUGGAUCGCCAUCAUCGGCUCCGGCUACAUCGGCCUUGAGUUCUCGGACGUUUACACUGCGCUGGGCUCAGAGGUGACCUUCAUCGAGGCACUGCCGCGGAUCAUGCCGGGCUUCGACACGGAGAUCGCGAAGAUGGCCGAGCGUCUGCUGAUCAAGCCGCGCAAGAUCGACUACCGCACGAACGUCCUGGCGACCAAGGUGACGCCGGGGAUGCCCGGCGUGAAGCCCGUGACGGUGGAGCUGACGGACUUCGACACGAAGGAGGUCGUGGACGUGAUGGAGGUGGACGCGGUGCUGGUCGCGACCGGCCGCGCGCCGUACACGCGCGGGCUGAACCUCGGCGCGCUGAACGUGGAGACGGACCGGCGCGGCUUCGUCCCGGUCGACAGCAAGAUGCGCGUGCUCGACAAGGACGGCAAGGCGGUGCCGAACCUGUACUGCAUCGGCGACGCGAACGGCAAGCUGAUGCUCGCGCACGCGGCGUCGGCGCAGGGCAUCAGCGUCGUGGAGAACAUCCGCGGGCGCAGCCACGAGGUCAACCACCUGGCGGUCCCGGCGGCGUGCUUCACGCACCCGGAGGUGUCGUUCGUCGGCCUGACGGAGGACCAGGCGCAGGAGCUCGCGACGGAGAAGAAGUUCACGCUCGGCGUGGCCAAGACGUCGUUCAAGGCCAACUCCAAGGCGAACGCGGAGCUGCAGGGCGACGGCAUGGCCAAGAUCCUGUACAACAAGCAGUCCGGGGAGAUCCUCGGCAUGCACAUCAUCGGCCUGCACGCCGCGGACCUCAUCCACGAGGUGUCGAACGCGGUGGCCACGGGGCAGACCAUCAAGGACAUCCGGUUCGCGGUGCACGCGCACCCGACGCUGAGCGAGGUCGUGGACGAGCUCAUCAAGGGGUGCAAGACGGAGGCGGAGGAGAAGGAGCUCGCGGCGCUCGGGGCCAAGCCCGUGACCGCGCGGCACUAG